AUGUCGCUCCUUAAUAUGCUUGUGGCCAUCGGGCUGUCGUCAAAUUUAGCUCAUGCUGGGCCGGUGAUACGUUCACAAUUCCCAACACAACCCGACGGAGCAGGCGACGCUCCCGUGUUCAACCAGAAUUUCCCUGACCCGUCAAUAAUACAAACUCAGGAUGGCACUUGGUACGGGUUCGCGACGAGUGGAAAUGGGAAGCAAAUCCAAGUUGCCCAAGGAGGAACCCUUUACCAGCAAUGGGGUCUUCUCGACGUGGAUGCUCUCCCUCAACCUGGAGCCUGGACUACGGGGGACAAUACUUGGGCCCCUGACGUACACCAGAUGGAUGAUGGGACAUACGUCAUGUACUACAGCGGGGAGGUAGCCCAGAACCGAGCCCACCACUGUAUUGGCACAGCAGUAUCGUACACACCCUACGGGCCAUACGUGGCUGCCGACGAGCCUUUCGCCUGUGACCUCUCCAUCGGCGGUGCCAUUGACCCCUCCGGGUUCCAAGAUGCGGACGGCACACGGUAUGUCCUAUACAAAAUCGAUGGAAAUAGCGUGGGACAUGGCGGCAGCUGCGGCAAUACCAUCGCACCAAUCGCUCCUACACCCAUCAUGCUACAGCAGGUCGCCGCGGAUGGUGUGACGAAGAUUGGAGAUCCGUAUCCGAUAUUGGACCGAACUGACGAGGACGGACCGUUGGUGGAAGCCCCCAGCAUGCUGCUUACAGAUACGGGGCUAUACAUUCUAUUUUUCAGCAGCGGAUGCUAUCUUGAAUCGACCUACAACGUCAACUACGCAACAUCGACCAGUGUGUUUGGACCUUUCCAACGAGCACCGCAUCCGAUGAUUAGAACUGGGGAAUAUACGCUGCAAGCACCAGGUGGUGCCACUGCAGUUAACGUUGGUGAUCAGGUCGGGAUUGCCUUCCACGCGAACUGCCCGGACGGACGGUGUAUGUACACGACGCCAACCAUCCUCCAAGGCCGGGAGGUUCGAGUGGAGAUGUAA